CUCUCUGGUUUUAACCACACGUCAGCUCAUCCUUGCUAUCAGUUAACAUCACAGUUUUGAAGUUUGAGUGUGAUCGUUCACUGUCUCAGUUCUCAGAAACUGGUUUGCAUCUUACAGAGGAACUAGGUGUCAGAAUAUUUGGCCAAUUGCUCAGUCUGAGCAAACCACCCAGCAGCAGACGUACAUCUCUGAAGCACUGCACACUGUACUUCAAGAUCUCUACGUGCUCUUCAGUGGUAAGACAAAAUGAAUUCAACAUCAGAUUAUGAAGGAGAUUAUGAUGGGGAUUAUUUAAACGAACUCCAAAAAAAAGUAAAAGCAGGAAAUCCUGAUGAUUUUCGAGCUGGUCACUGCAAGGAUGCAUUAUGUGUGAUCACAGUCAUUGUUAAUGUGAUAAUUUUCCUUCUCGGCAUCGUUGGAAACGGUGCGGUGAUCUGGAUUACUGGUUUUAAGAUGAGAAAGUCAGUGAACACCACCUGGUACCUGAGCCUGGCUUUGUCUGACUUCAUUUUCUGCUCUACUCUGCCUCUGAGCAUCAGCAGAAUAGUUAUGGACACCUGGAUCUUUGGCCUCUUCAUGUGCAAGUUCACCUCAUUUGUUAUGACCCUCAAUAUGUACAGCAGCAUCUUCAUCCUGGUCAUCAUUAGUGUGGAUCGCUGCAUCGCCGUCAAGUUUCCCGUUUGGGCCCAGAAUCGACGCACUGUGCAGAGAGCUUCUUUAGUGGUUUUGUUGGUUUGGUUUGUGUCUGCUUUGCUUAGCAUUCCAGCUGCCUACUUCAGAAAUGUUGCAGAUAAACCACACGUAGUGAUAUGUUAUUCCCAUUAUGAGCAUCAUCACAGUACCAUUGUGUUUAUACGCUUCACUUUUGGGUUUCUGAUUCCACUCCUGAUGAUUUCCACCUGUUACUCUAUUCUGAUUUGUAAACUUAGAUCAAACCAAAUGUCCAAAUCCACCAAGCCCUACAAGAUCAUGACGAUACUGAUCACAGCUUUUUUCCUCUGCUGGUUACCUUUUCACAUAGUUACUAUUGUAGAGUUGAGCCAAACUAAGGACAGUCAAGCCAUGUACAGACCCCAACAAGUAUCUGUUACUCUUGCCAGUGUGAACAGCUUUCUAAACCCUUUCCUGUACGCAUUUAUGGCCAAAGACUUCAAGAAGAAAUGCUAUUCCUUUCUGUCCAAGAUUGAGAGCGCCAUUGAUGAGGAGACCCGAAGCGCUUUCAGAGCAACAUCAAUCACCAACUCUGUGGAUAACAGACUUUCUACUGUUGUCUGAAACGAGAAAGACAUUUCUCUUUAUUCUCUUCUUUAAAAAAAACUGCUUUGUCUUUCUAAUACUAGCACUCUUUUAUCUAUUUUCUAUUACAGGUAUGUGUACUUUUAACAAGCUGUUUUGGAAUUUAAACAGAGAAUUGUUAUACGGUCACUUAAUUGGUUAGAAUUUUUCAUGCUUAAUUUUUCACUUAUCUUUCAACACUAACAAUCCUUUUUGAUUUUUCUACCUUUUCCUUAAAAAAAGGGAGGAGGGGGCGGCGCGGGGGGGAUGCUUUAUCUGACUUCUUAACAACUUAAUCUGACCUUUGCAUGUAUUGAGUUCACAAAUCUAUAAGUAACAUAAGUAUAGGUGUGAAAGCUACUUUUUACAAAUUUGUUUUAUUUUAAUAUUGUAAAUAUGUUUUGUGAUUUUGCAGAAUUAUUCCAUAACUAUUAAAGUGUUUAUAUUAACAAGUAUUUCUUUAAAGGUGCAGUAGGUGAUUGUCUUCAGAAACAUUUUUGUUGUGCUGGUUGAAAGUCUCUUCAAAUUCCAAUAGUACUGAAUGAUCUAAAUGUAUUUAUAUGUAUAUUUAUAUUCAGGGGGAAAGGUAUAAGACUAAAAAAAUUUUCAUCCAAUUAAAAUUUGUCAGGCAGAUAAUUCCCAUAAUUCUGAUAAGCAGCCCAAACUGUCAACAAAUGUAAUUUGUACCAUGCGCACCCCUGUUCACGCAGAUCCACCGUUUGCGUGAGAGGUCAUGUGUGCACAAGAGAGUGACAGCAGUAAAAACAAAUGCUGAAUCGAAACAUUUUAAAAUACUUCAUGAAUAUUGGAUUUACUUUUGCACAAUGGAGAAAGGAUGACAUCAUGGCUGAAGUAUUUCUUUUAGACAGAUAUAGUUCUGUUCUUAUGUUCUUAUGUAUCUUAUGUAGAUGUUAUUGUUACAAAUGGCUUAUGUAGAAAAUAUGCCACAUGGUUCACAGCUGCACCUUAAUCGCCCUAAUCGUCAGCACCUUUAAGUAAUGUGGCUUCAGAGUAGUAGUUUGCUCUUGUCCUUUACUGCUCUGGACUCCUCACAUGGUGUUGUGGCUGCCUGCAAAUGUGAGUUAUGUUUUCUUGUAGUUUAUUUAUGAAGUAUUGUUUGUAUAUGCAGUUUUUUGUGUUUAUGUACUAUUGUUUGUUAAUUGAUUUUUGUUUGUUUGUUUAAUCUGUGUUUAAGCCUUGGCAUGGCUUUGUACUGCCGAUUUGUGUUUUAAACAUGUUAUGCUAAUUAGCAUUUAGCAUUUAGGCAGAUCACCUACUGUACCUUUAAGGGACAUAAUUUAAAUAUGGCUUAUUGGGAAAAAACAACUUUAUUAUUAUUAUUAUUAUUAUUGAAAGAAUGUAAAAUAUUAUAUACAUUUGUAUUUUUCUUUAAGGAACAAUUUAAUCAUGGCUUA